UUGCACCUCAUUUGCAUAAAUCUGCUCGCACAAGUUCUUGUAGCCGUCGCCCACACUAUUUUGAAUGACGCGUGCGGGAACUGGUGUAAACAUGUGGUUUUUAGUAAACAUGCACAACGAAAUAAUUUGUACAUUAUAAAAUUGUAAAAAUUUAAAUACCUAAUUGCAAAUAGUAAUACUGUCACCAUGAGCAUUAGGAGAGUAACAAGAGUUAAUAAACCGUCAAAAAAUAUAUCUGGAGUAGUAAAAAACGUGCACGAGUUUGUGCAAACUUUACAAAAUUACUUUAAAUACAAUGUGAAAGUGUUAAACCAGUUCAAGCUAGAAAAUGUAGCAAAAAAAGUGGCAGGGUUGUGUAACGUUUCAAAACGAACAGUGCACACAAUUAUGAAGAACGCGAGUAAUAAAGAGAAUAACAAAGAAAUUCAAACUGAUAAUACACCAAGGAAACCACUUUAUCAAUGUGAUGAGUUUUCGACCUCAAUGAUUCGUCGUGUUACUCAAGACUUCUAUUCACGUAAAGAAUAUCCAAGUGCGAACUCCCUCUGGCAAACAUGUCGCAAUAAUGAAUAUUUUCCUAAAAUUAGCGAAUCAUUGUUUCGAAAGUGGCUGGUGACAAAAUGUAGCUUCAAAUAUCGACUAAUAAAUAAAAAACCUGUUUAUCUUGAACGUACGGACAUAGUUGCCCAAAGAGAAAACUACCUUAGGAAAAUUCGGCAAUAUAGAGCAGAAAAUAGAAAAAUUUAUUUCUCCGACGAGACGUGGGCUUCUCCCGAUAAUACGAGAAAAUAUUGCUGGGAAAUGCUGCUAACAAACCGUGAACGGCAAGAAAUGGACCAGUUUUGGAGUGGCAUGAUUUUGAAGGACAUGAAUAACUGGACAGGAGGAUUUCUGGUAAAAUCUGGAAACGGCAGAGUCAUCAUUAACCACAUAGGAUCCGAGGAUGGGUUUCUGACGGAUGGGGACGAUAUUUUUAUUUCAAAAAAGGACGUUAAAGAUUAUCACGGUAAUAUGGACCAUGUCAGAUAUUUGACGUGGUUUGAAAAGAUCCUGAGUCUCGUGCCACCAAAAUCGGUCUUAGUUCUAGAUCAGGCUCCCUACCACCGCAAAAGGGUUGAAGGAACGCUAAUGCCGAACAUGGCCUGGCUGAAGCAGAAAAUUGUUGAUUGGGUUGUUCAACAUGACAUUCGUCUGCCCGAAGGAGUUGAAAGUUUCCAUAAACUUACCAAAUCAUCACUAAUCGAACUGGCAAAAUCAAAACCCGUGAAACCCAAAUUUAUCGUGGAGAAACUUGCAGAAGAAAGCAACAAGGAUAUAAAAAUACUCUGGCUUCCACCUGCUCACUGCGAGUUUAACCCGAUUGAAUUAAUCUGGGCAAUUGUCAAGGGCUAUAUCGCUAAACAUAAUCCAGGCAAUAAUUUGAACGGAAUAUAUGAAUUGUCGAAGAAAGCGGUAUCAAAUAUAACACCUGAAAUGUGGAGGAAUUGCGUCCAUCAUUCUAUAAAAUAUGAAGACAAAAUGUGGGAAAGGGAUAGAUUGAUGGACAAUUUCUUAGAUUCACCUGCAACGAACUUGAUGACGCCCAUAAUUAUUCCUAUUCGUGAAGAUGACUCAUCAGACUCAGAAUAUCAUACUGAAUCUGAUGAUUUGGAAAGCGAGGACGGGGACUUAGAAUUUUUCGAUAGCUAAUUUCAAUAUGUGAAGGAAGAUACGAAACAGUUGCAAAUCGUGGCCAAUUAUCAUUCUUACAGUGCUACUUCCUUUCGCAUCACUCUCUGGGAAGGCGAUGGUGGUCAAUUAUAGUUGACAGUAAUGUCAUUUAGUUAAAUAAGUUUAAUGAUUAAAUUUUGCUGGACACGUGCAAUUUGCUUCCAUGGUGGUGCUCAUGAUCUGAAAAAGUCUUAGGUAACUAAUUAAAGUAUAAUAUGAACAUAUCGUGUUUUGAUUUCUAAAUAUUUAAUCCCUGAUGAUGACACGAGUGCAGUAUCGAAAACUUGGGAAAUAAAUUCAAUUUCUUCCUUCAA